AACCUGUUCCAAGCAGCGAGAUGGGUGGGGAAAAUGCAAAUGCGCUGUGGUUGCGACUGAUGGGUUCCCCGUUCGCCAUAAAGAGGGCGGCAUGUGUCAUGCGUGCGCGCGCCCUCGGCUGUCUGCUCUCUUGCUGUCCAAACUCGGUCGCAUAUCGAGUCGACACCAGAGUCCUCUUAAGCCAACAUGAUCACGAGGAUGCGUUUCCCGCUGCGUUUCGUUCUCGGCGCGGCCGCAGCGGCAAGCUGGCUGGUGUUGUUGGCCGACGCGUCGCCGCUCUCCACACAGCACGCUAACGCAACCGCGCAGCUGCCCGAUACAAGCCCAGCUAGCGGCGUCGGCCUGCUCCGGUACGCUUCCCCGGACCUGCGUCGCCGCUUGCUUGGGAGCCCCGAUGAACACGACGCUACCCUCGUCAAGCGAGCUUGUCCAGGUCAGCUAAUGUGCUCUGGCGCUGGCAUGCCAACCGUCUGCUGCCCACUGAUCGACACUUGCUGCACGGCCGAUAUCUGCUGCAAGCCCGGAGCAGCCUGCUACCCCGACGGCUAUUGCUACACCGACAUCGUCAUCACCCAGAUCGUCACGAGCACGUGGUGGAGCACCAAAUACGUGCCAUAUACGUUUUACACGACGCAGACGUCAAUAUAUGUUACAGUGUCGCUCGACUACGUGACAGUCACCCAGUACAGCAAGAACGGGGUUGCCACAUCGACGGAAUGGGCCACAGUCACCAAAGCGGCCGCGCGCCGCGCGCUGCUGGCGCCCCCUGCCGCGAUGACGACUUCACCUCCGGCCGUCGACCCCGAAGACCUCGCGGCCAUGACCAUGAGCAUCUCGCCGAACCACCCGGGGCUGGUGCGGCGCGCACUCGAGCGGGCCGGCCUGGUCGAGAAGCGGACGUCGAUUGCGUGGAAGACGAUCGUGGCAACAGUAACGACGACGUGGUACAACUACUACACGUCGACGUACUGGAGAUACGUGACGAGCAUCUCGGUCUCGGCGGCCACCAGCACGUCCAUCGUGUUCAACGGCGCAAGCACCACCACAACCGUCACGUCGACGACGACCGUCUUCACGCAGCCGCCGCCGCCCUCGCAGCCUGACCCGCCCGCCACUUCGCCCACGCUGCCGUCGCCUCCGCAGUCGCCCGCCACCUCGCCCACGCCGCCGUCGCCCGUCUCCAACAGCCCUGGCAGCACCCCGCCGUCCCCGACGCCCCCGAGCAGCAGCGCGCCCCCGCCCGUCCCCGUGACCGUGACCUUCACGCCCAGCUACUCGAGCACGCCGACAGACAGCAACGUCGUCCUCACAACAACAACAUCCGGCGGCGCAGCCAUCGUGAUCUUCGCGACGAACCGCCCCGACCCGACAGGGGACAGCAACUCGGGGGGCCUCCCUACAGGCGCAGUCAUCGGCAUCGGCGUGGGCGCGGCCGCGGGCGGUCUGGCGCUGAUCCUGCUGCUCGCGUACAUUCUCUGGCGCAAACACCGCAGCGGCAGCGCUAGAAGCGACGACGCGACCGCCAACACUACCGUCGGCUUCAACUCGGCGCUGCACGCCGGCGGCAUGUCCAACGGCGGCGGCGGCGCGCACGGCAGCGUGGUGUACGGCGCGUACGCGGCCAACGCGGCCAAGCUGGACGGCGGCGCCGCGAGCAGCACCAUCGUCAGCAGCAGCACGCCCGGGUCGCCCGAGCCGCAGCCGCUGUCUCCGCACUCUAACUCGCAGCGGCAGAGCUGGGCGGCAGCGGCGGGCGCGGGGCGCGGCGGCACGACGAGCCCCGUGUCGGAGCUCGAGGAGCGCGCGGGCCGCAUGAGCCCCGGGCUGCAGGAGCUCGAGGAGCGCAGCACGGUGCGCGGGUCCGAGCUGGACGGGCCGAGUCUGGCCGCGUCGCUGUACGAGGGCUGGCCCGGGCCGGGGCCGGGGCAGGGGCCGGGGCAGGGGUAUUACCAGCAUUACGAGGGUCAGACGCAAGGGCAGGGACAACAGGGUUGGACGCGGUCGCAGGAGCUGCCCGUGCACUACGAGGAGCCGACCGCGCCGCCGCAUAUGCAGCAGCAGUAUCCGGUGCAGCAGCAGCCGCAGCAGCCGCAGCCAUCGCCGCAGUCGCCGGAGAUGCAGCACGCGUAUACGGUGCAGCAACCGCAAUAUCCGGUGCAGCCACAGCCGCCGGCGGAGGUGUCGCAGGCGUAUCUAGUGCAGCAACAACAACCGCAGUAUCCGGCGGUGCAGCCGCAGCAGCAGCAGCAGCAGGGUUACGGGGGUAUACCGUACCCAGCGCACCCCCCGCGGGCGUAUCAGGGCCUAGACGGGUCUUGGCAGUGAUUCUGCUUGCUUGUUUUCUUCUCUUAAAAGUUAGUAAAUAGUACGUAACGUAAUUGAUGAAGUUAAUCGCAGUUCUGUCGUGGUAUCACCACUGCCGGUGGGCAUGUAUGCGAUUGUUGGUGG